AUGCCCGAAAAGAAGCAAAAGACCUUGAAGUAUCAAACUGAUACUGAAAACUAUGAAUUGGGUAAGCCAGAUUUUCCAUUUGGCCUUACAGAUUGGCUCGUUGACGAAUUUUGGGUUGAUGAGGAUUCUACUAUUCUGGAUUUGGGAGUAGGUACAGGAAAGCUAAUUCCUCGAAUAAAUGCUGCUCAUCCUAAAAAGAUUAUCGCGGUGGAUUCUUCGGAGGCUAUGCUACAGGUGCUGCAAAAGAAGUAUCCAACGGUAGAAUCAUACUUAGGCUCAGCGACGCAGAUUCCGUUACCUGACGAAAGCAUAGACCUUAUUUUAUGUGGUAAUUCUUUCCACUGGUUUGCCAAUGCAAAUGCUUUGAAGGAAAUGCAUCGUGUUUUGAAACCAAAUGGAGCCCUUGGCCUUGUUUGGAAUGUCCGAGACAAAUCUGUAUCCUGGGUCAAUAAAAUUAAUGAAUUGCUGGAUAGAUAUCGCUCAGGAUCACCUUACUUUGGAACCUGGGAAUGGGCUCAAUUGUUUCCUGGACAUGGAUUUCGAAAGCCUCGCUCCUGUGUUUUCCCUUUCGCUUAUUGCACUACAGCUGAGAAUGCCAUUCAUCGAAUGGUUUUUUCUUUAUCUUACAUUCAUGCUCUUUCCGAAAAGCAGAAAGCGACCGUAAAAGCUGAGCUGGACAAAAUCGCAGAAACAGUGCCAAGGGUGCAAAACACAGACCAAAUUAAAUUUCCUUAUCAAACCAUGGCCUUUAGUAUAGAGAAGGAUGGUUUGAAAAAAGAAUAA